AUGGUAGAAGACAGAGUCCUCCCAGCCGUGUCCCGCAGGAGUCUCAGAGAUGCUCUAGUCAUCAAGAUGUGGGAGCCAGCAGCACAGCUGUUCUGGCUCAACAACCCCAGCACCGCAGUGUUCAUCAAGGACUGGAACAUCCUCCUCAAGCUCGUCACGUCCAGCAAGAAAACCAAUUCCUUGAGACAGAAACUGCCCCAAAAAGGUGAUGUGGAGAUGUUCCGUGGCAGCCCCUAAUGCCAGGGCUUCGGUGGCAUGAACAGCUUCAACUCCCACACCUGCUUUAAAUUCAAGAGUUCCCUGGUGGUCUCAUUCCUCAGUUAUUGCGAUUAUUACUGGUCACACUUCUUCCUGCUGGAGAACGUCUGGAAUUUCAUGUGCUUCAAGAGUUCUGUGGUGCUCAAGCUGACCCUGCGCUGCCUGGUGCACAUGGGCUACCACUGCACCUUUGGGGUGCUCCAGCUCUGCAGAGAAGAUGUUGCUUUGCAUCAGCCACAUGUCGCCCAGGACACCUGUCCCACAAUAGACUGGAGGAAGCUGUGA